GACAAAGUAAGGAGCAUUUUUGCUUUCAACUUCAAGAGAGAAGAGCUAAAUACGUUUUUUUUUUUGUGUGUUUUAAUUAUCGUUCUGGAAUUAAACAAAGGGUUCGAUUUCAAUCUGGAUUUGGGCUUCUGUUGUGGGAAAUAAGCGAAAAAAAGUUAAGCAUGGCUGAAGUUUUGGGGAAGACGAAUCUGUUUACAGCUUGUAACCAUAGCCAGAAGAAGAAUCAAGAAAUUUCUAGGAAAAUUUCUGGGUUUUGUUUAAAAGAGAGUACUUUUCCUUACUUGAAAAUGAAAUAUCAGGCUUUGAGGAGUGAUUUUAAAGGACAAAGAGUGGUUUUUUUAGAGAAGAAAAGUGUGAUUGAUAGAAGGUUACGUCAAGUUCCCAUUAAAGGACAGAUGCAAACUGGCCUUAUUGGUAAAACCCAGAAAUGGUGGGAGAAGGGAGUUCAACCAAAUAUGAAAGAAGUGAAAUCUGCACAAGAUUUGGUAGCCUCUCUUUUGAAUGCUGGGGAUAAACUUGUUAUAGUAGAUUUCUUCUCCCCUGCUUGUGGUGGCUGCAAGGCUCUUCAUCCCAAGAUCUGCCAAUUGGCAGAGAUGAACACAGAUGUGCAGUUCCUUCAAGUGAACUAUGAGGAGCAUAAAUCCAUGUGCUAUAGCCUUAAUGUACAUGUUUUACCUUUCUUUCGGUUCUAUAGGAGAGCUCAGGGGCGUUUAUGUAGCUUUAGCUGCACCAAUGCCACGAUCAAGAAAUUCAAAGACGCAUUGGCCAAGCACAAACCGGACCGAUGCAGCCUAGCGCCGACCAAAGGUCUUGAUGAGAAGGAACUUGUGGCAUUAGCUGCCAACAAAGACCUUUCCUUCAACUACACACCGAAUCCAGUUCAAGCAGCGGAAGAGAAAGAAAAGCUCCCUCUUCCACUGCCUGUGGCAUCUUUCGAGCCGAAAGAAAGCGCGGAAGAGACCUUGGUUGGUGCUGCGAGAUGAAAUGUGGUUUGAAUUUUUUGCCAACCCCAUUGCACUCCCUAUCGACACUGUACAGUCACAAUAGUUCUAUUUUCAUGUUCUUGUUAAUGUUUCAGAUGAGGAACAUAGUAGAGUUUUUUGGAUUUAGAUUUUUUUGGGAUCCAAGCCUGCUAGAAGAGCAACAAGCUAUGUAUACUUUAGGUUCGUUGUGAUCGUUAAAAAAGAGUGAAUUAUAAAAAUCAUGCUCUAAUCUAUUGUGUGGCUAAUAUUAGAGGCAGUUUUAUAAAGUAGUUGGGAUAUAUAGUUGGAAUGGGCAUCCUGAAAAUGACACGACUCGAAAUAAGAUAAGAGGUAUGCAUUUGCGUACUGAAAGAUAUCCGGUACUGUACUGGGGGGAAAAUAUCUACCGACUUUUGAUGGUGUACAACUCAUGGAAGCUUCAAGAAUUGUCCUUUGCAAGGAUACUUGACAAUCAUCUUCAACCACUGGUUAAAGUUUGCAGCAAUUAUUACAAGGACAGA